AUGAGCACCUCCCUAGCUUACCAGUCCAUGAGCAAAGAGCAGCAAACUAUGGAUAACUUGGAGAAGCAACUUAUUUGUCCAAUAUGUCUUGAAAUGUUUUCCAAGCCAGUGGUAAUCCUUCCUUGCCAGCAUAAUCUGUGUAGGAAAUGUGCCAGCGACAUUUUCCAGGCUUCCAACCCAUAUUUACCAACCAGAGGAGGAAACACUGUGGCCACAGGAGGUCGCUUCCGUUGCCCAUCCUGUAGACAUGAAGUAGUCCUGGACCGACAUGGAGUAUAUGGCUUGCAAAGAAAUCUGCUGGUUGAAAAUAUCAUUGAUAUUUACAAACAGGAAUCAACUAAACCUACAAGGAAGACCAAUCAACCAGUGUGUGAAGAACAUGAAGAUGAAAAAAUUAACAUAUAUUGUCUGAACUGUGAAGUGCCCACAUGCUCCAUGUGCAAAGUAUUUGGAGCUCAUAAAAACUGUGAGGUUGCUCCACUGGCUCAGGUUUUCCAGGGCCAAAAGUCUGAACUGUCGGAGGGCAUCGCAGUCCUGGUUGGAUGUAAUGACCGGAUUCAAGCAGUAGUUAGCCAGCUAGAGGAAACAUGUAAAACUGUGGAGGAAAACUGCAAGAGACAAAAAGAGCAGCUGUGUGAGAGGUUUGAUUAUUUGUAUGCUAUACUUGAAGAGAGAAAAGGUGAACUAACCCAAGUAAUCACAAAAGACCAAGAGGAAAAACUUGAAUAUGUAAAGUCUUUAAUGAAGAAAUAUGCGGAUCAUACGGAAACGGUUUCAAAACUGGUGGAAUCAGGAAUUCAGUUCAUGGAUGAGCCAGAAAUGGCAGUGUUCCUUCAAAAUUCCAAGGCUUUGCUACAAAAAAUAACAGAAGCAUCCAGAGGAUUUCAAAUGGAUAAAAUCGACCCAGGAUAUGAAACCAUGAAUCACUUUACAGUGGACCUAAACAGAGAAGAGAGAAUAAUACGUGAAAUAAGUUUUUAUAGAGAGGAAUGUGAAGAUGAAGAGGAUGAAGAGGAUGCGGGAGAGGCUGAAGAUUUAGAAGAAGUCCACACAGAAUCUUCUGGUGAAGAGGAAGCAUCAGAGCAAGUGACCCAAAGUCCUCAGCCCACACCAGAAUCCACCUCCACUUCCACAAGUACCAGCAAAGAACUGACUUCCCCUCAAAAGACAGAUCAGCAGGAUCCAAGUUCUCCUGCCCCACAAGGUAGUGUUGAGCCAAGUGGUAUUCAACAGACGCCUAAUGCUCAAGUGCUCUCAGCAUCAGAAACUUCAGAUCGCUUGUUUUACCCUAGUUGGUAUAAGAACCUGACACAGCAACAAUCCAGCCCUAACAAGGCCCCAGUGACUGAGGCCAUGGGUCCAGUAAGUUCUCCCAUUCCAAAGGAACUGACUGUAAAGAAAGUAGACCCACCAGCGACAACUUUUAAGCAGAACAUGGCAGAGGCUGGUAAGGACACCAGUUCAUCUGUAAAUAUGCCACAGGUUAGUGAACACCUCCAGUUUGUAUUUGUGAGCAGUGAGCUUGCUAAGCUUGCAAAAUCAUGA